GGCGUCAUAUUUUUUGAGGUCGUAAUGCUUCAUUUGUUGUUUAAAGAUUAUGUUUUUGUUGAAGUUUGUUGGUAAAAUCGUUCAAGUUAUUGGCUCUAGCUGCAGGGGAUCAAAACAAACACAAUCAAACAAGGUGAAAACCAGCAGCAAAAUGGUUACUUUGAGACUGUCGAUACAACAUAGCAUGUUGUAUACAAUGUCAAUGUCAAUAAGCGACACCAGAUCUCUAUGCAGGUCCACGUAUUCCCAUUGAUAAGAGCUAAUCUCGGAAUCCUUAAUUUUUCCGCUAGUAAGGUUCUAGGAAAUAGUUGCCAGGUUGAAAUAAUACUAAACUGGAAACAUCUAAGAGCGUAAAUUUCGUCGAAACUUACUGAAUACUUUGAUUGAACAUAACUACUUGUUUUUUUAUAAAAGGAGACUCUUCGUUUGCAAAUUUCCACUCUAAGAACGUUUCCCAAUCUGAGGCGGCGUUGAUUUGAGGUGUCAACUGUAUCAGCAGAACCUUGAGGUAUACUUGGAGAAAGCUCCUUUGGGUUAUACAUGAAUCCCCGUGAGGAAGAGAUAAUUGAAAUUUCGAGUAGUCCAAAUCGGAAUCCUGCAGCAACUACUGGGGAGAGUUCUGCCAAUAUCAACUAUGGAAAAUAUCGAAAAUUCUUUGUUUGGAAUGCUGUGUUGGUACUAACGUUUGGGUUAGCUUUGUUAGUGGAUCCUUUAUUCUUAUACGUUCCUAUACUCAACAAAGACAUCAAGUGUAUCAGAUUGGACAAAAAGUUGACAAAAGUGGUUCUUAGUUUGCGAUCACUCACAGACAUGUAUUACAUACAUGACUUUCUGUUUCAGCUUCUAGCUAUACGUGAGCCUCAUGAGGCUGCGACACUUGAGGUUGGUAUCGCUAUAGUGGGGAGGAGUUAUGCGUCAGCUAUGAUAAUUUGGUUGUUCCCAAUUAAUAUUGCUCCUAUUCCACAUGUAAUUAUUCUCUCUUUCUCAAAAAUAAUAAGGGGCUCGAGGUCGACAAGGAUGUUUCUGAACUUUCUUGUUGUGCUGCAAUACAUGGCCCGGUUUCUAUGCUUUAAUCAUCAUCGUAAGAAUCUCGAGAAGAUAUUAACUAAACACACUCCUGAAUUAUGGAUUCAAGGUGUUUUCAAAUUCUUGAUUAUCAAAUUCUGGAUUAGAAGUGCUUUCAUAUUCUUUAACUUCAUCCUUGUUAGUCAUGUAUUCGGAGCUCUUUGGUACUUUUUUUCGUUUCAACGAGCGAUAGAUUGCUGGAAAUUUGCUUGUCGAAGUGAAAACGGUUGUGAACUUGGAGGUUUUCAUUGUAAGGACAAGGAUACAUUUAGAAAUGUCACGCUUCUAAACAAUCUAUGCCCUGCAAAUCCACGAACUGCAACGUUGUUUGAUUUCGGUAUAUUUGUUGAUGCCAUUCAAUCUGGUAUCUUGAGCUCAACAGACUUUCCGCAGAAAUUCUUGCGCUGUUUUUGGUGGGGCUUACAAAAUAUAAGUUCUUUUGGGCAAAAUCUACAGACUAGCAGCUAUGCAUGGGAAAACCUCUUUGCGGUUUUUAUGUCUGUUAUUGGCAUGCUAUUGGUUUUGAUAUAUCUCAAUGCAAUUUUGCAGAUGUAUUUCCAGUUGACAACUGCAUUAUCAAAGGAGAAGGAGAGGAAGAAGAAGAGAAGUCCACAGGUAGCAUCAUGGUUAGAUGAGAAUAACCUCCCUUUGGAUUUGAAAGAGAAGAUCGUGAUAUUUGCAUUACAAGGAUUGAAAGAUGAUGAAGAUGUCGAUAUAAAAAAUAUCCACUAUAUUCUUCCCUGGAAGGAUUUAGUGGUUAUCAAGCGACAUCUCUGCCUAAAUACACUGUACAAUGUUUUGAUGCUUCGAAAUCUGAGUGAGAAAUGGUUUGAAGUAUUAUGCGAGUAUCUUAAGCCCGUGAUUUAUAAGGCGGACACCUUUAUUAUUCGAGAGGGGGAGCAAUUUGAUAAGAUGUUAUUCAUCACACAAGGAACAGUGAGGACCUACACAACUACAAGUGAUGAUGGAUGCGGUUCUUCAAGCACUGGUAAUACUGUUGGUGAUGAGUGCUUUCAGAAAGGUGAUUUUUAUGGAGACGAGCUUCUCCAAGCUUGGGCAUCAACUGAAACGACCACCUAUCGCUCGACCAAAAAUGUUAGGUGCUGCACAAAAGUUGAAGGAUUUACGCUCACGAUCAAGGACAUGGAAAUAAGCAGAGAAAAAAUACGAGGAGAGAAUUGAGCUACAUGAAUGAAGGACGCAUGAGUUAUAAGAAUGCACAAAUAAUUAUUUUCGUUUCUUAAGCAAUAUCGCAAUCAUUUUUGCAAUUACAAUGCACAAAAAAAUUACUUAUAAGGUAGAAUUUCUGCAA